UCCAAGGCAACCCAGGAGCCUCCUGGCAACGGCGCGCGGCCUACGCAGGUCUCCCGGCCCAGCGGUGCGAUGGCUGCUGCGAGUCCCAGCGUCUUCCUGCUCAUGGUCAACGGGCAGGUGGAGAGUGCCCAGUUUCCAGAGUACGAUGACCUCUACUGCAAGUACUGCUUUGUGUACGGCCAGGACUGGGCCCCCACAGCGGGCCUGGAGGAGGGGAUCUCACAGAUAGCAUCCAAGAGCCAAGAUGUACGGCAAGCGCUGGUGUGGAACUUCCCUAUCGAUGUCACCUUUAAAAGUACCAACCCCUAUGGCUGGCCACAGAUCGUGCUCAGUGUAUAUGGACCAGACGUAUUUGGGAACGAUGUGGUUCGAGGCUACGGAGUGGUGCACGUACCCUUCUCUCCUGGACGGCACAAGAGGACCAUCCCCAUGUUUGUGCCGGAGUCUACGUCUACUCUGCAGAAGUUCACAAGCUGGUUCAUGGGACGGCGGCCAGAGUACACAGACCCCAAGGUGGUGGCCCAGGGUGAAGGCCGAGAAGUGACCCGUGUCCGCUCUCAGGGAUUUGUCACCCUCCUCUUCAAUGUGGUAACCAAAGACAUGAAGAAGCUCGGCUAUGACACUGGGCCUAUGGACACACAAGGAGUCCUUGGUCCCAGCCUGCCACAGGGCAACCCACAAUAAAAGCAUCAGCCUUUCUGUCCACCACUGUGGCUCGGAGACCCCAUAGCCCACAGAUAAUCAAGGACUCAAGCAGCCUGACUGGGAAGUUGGAGAGCUGAAGAUAGUUUUCUAUAAUAAAGUUUCACAUUUUUUUCAGAAA